AUGCAGCUUCUACAGGCCUUCUUGUCUCUUGUACCUUUCUUUGACAAUCUCCAGCUCGACUCAAACCCUAGCGAUUUGUCUCAUCUCGCCACGCCUCCCACCCAUCUCAAUACUUGUUCUGGAAAGCUCUCCUCUGUUCCUGGAUAUUAUAACCUCUCCGGCGGCAUCGACUUCUCCGACCCCAACGUCGAGAACAUCCUCACCGGCUCCGGAUCCUCAGACCCCUCUGGCACCUCCGGCUCAGACGGUUCUGGAGUCUUCAACCCUCGCCGUCCCGUCCGCGGGGAAGGCAAGCAGCUGCGCGUGCACCAGAGGCACCAUAAGCACCGUACGAGUGCGGCCGUGGAGCCAGCCCAAACGUGCCCUGAUCCGGCGGUGCUGAGCUGUUCGACUGAGGCGGAGAGCGGGAGUGUAGAUAGUUGUUGUGUCGUGACGCCCGGUGGGGCGCUGGUCCAUGUACAACUUUGGGAUUUAGAUAUUGGGGAGGCGGAUUCAUUCGGGAUUCACGGGCUCUGGCCGGACAAGUGUAAUGGUCAAUUCUAUGAGAACUGUGAUUCGAGCAGGGAUUACUCGUCCUCAAGCAUCUCGAACAACUUGCCUUCUCAGCUUAAGUCUUUCAUGGAGACUUACUGGCAAUCGAACGACGAGAGCCCUGAGGCUUUCUGGGCGCAUGAAUGGUCAACGCAUGGGACUUGUGUUUCGACGCUGGAACCUUCGUGCUUUUCGGGAUAUACUAGCGGUGCUGAAGCGACGCUCUACUUCCAGACCAUCGUCAACCUCUUCCAAGAGCUGAACGUCUAUCAGGCCCUUUCCGACGCAGGCAUCACGCCCUCCUCCUCAAAGAAAUACUCUGCCUCCGCUAUGCAAGAUGCUAUUCAAUCCGGAACGAGCUACACGCCCGACCUUGUCUGCACCAACGGCGCGCUGACUUCGGUGCAGUUCUAUUUGAAUGCGUUGGGGCCGUUGCAGGACGGGAAGUUUGAGCAGGGAGAGGCGACUCGCACGUCAUCUUGCCCCUCCCAGAUAUCGUGGAAGCCGAAGACGGUCUCUUCCUAGAUUAAGUUUUUUGCACAGAAGAAGGAUUUAGCUUUCGAUUUGAAGGACAGGUUGUAUGGAGGAUCAGCCGUCGCACAAAUUUCAGACAUGGACGAGAGAUGGUUGAAAACAGUUUGGAGUUGGAACCGAGCGCUACGUCGCUCAUAGGACGGAUGUGGCUGGAGAAGAUUAAACAUUG